AUGGGUGUGGAAUCAGCGGCUUUGAUCGGAUCAGAUAAAAACCAAAUCAAAGUGACUGGGGAAGGAAUCGACUCAGUCAAACUCGCGACGCUGCUAAGGAAAGGCGUAGGAUGCACGGAGCUGGUGAGUGUUGGUCCGGUGGAGGAGAAGAAACCCGCUGUCACCGCCGCUGCUGCCGCCAGUCAAACGCCGGCUACGGUGGUGCCACUGCAAGUUUAUCCUCACCAUUAUAGCUGCUAUGGAGGGCCGUACUACCAUGUCUACGAAAGUUGCAGCAACGACGAUCCCUCUUGUACCAUUAUGUAA